CUUUCAAAGAUCUAUUCAUUGCAUUACAUUAAUUGACAUUAAAGAAAAAUAGCCAACAUUCACCCAGCAAUCAACCAAGCGCCUAUUCUUAAGCGGAAGCAAGUUAAUCAACAUGGGGAAAGGGACAGAUAAGAUGUAUAUCACACACUCCGAAUGGAGUAAUGAAUUUUCAGAAGGCGGAAUGACAUUUGGAGGAGCAGGUGGACGAAAACCAACUCAGAUCUUCCGACGUUUACCUUUCGACUGUUGUUCACUUUCAUUACAGCCGUUUGAACAUCCUGUCUGUACUGAAGAUGGUAUUAUUUUCGAUCUAGUGAACAUUGUCCCGUACCUGAAAAAGUAUGGGACAAACCCCGCAACAGGCCAAAAACUCGAUGCAAAAUCGUUGAUCAAGCUUAAUUUUUUUAAAAAUGCUAAUGAUGAAUAUCAUUGCCCAAUUACACUAAGAGUAUUCAAUGAAAAUACGCAUAUCGUAGCUAUCAAGCCUUCAGGAAACGUAUUUGCAUAUGAAGCUGUGGAGAGAUUGAACAUCAAAGCCAAGUUUUGGAAAGACCUCAUGACGGAUGAACCAUUUACACGGAAAGAUAUUAUCACCAUCCAGGACCCUCAUAAUCUUAACAAUAGGAAUUUGGCUGAAUUCCAUCAUAUCAAGAAUGAUCUCGCUGUGAUCGAUGAAGUACAAGAGAAAAAGAAGAAGGAUCCUAUGAAUAAUAUCAAUCAACAAGGAUCUACAGGAAAGAUUCUAUCGCAGCUCAACAUGGAAAAAAUCGAAAAAGCUGCAAUCGAAAAGAAGAAGAAAGAGGAUGAACUCAAAGCACAACGACAGACAGGAAGCACAGUCGGUAAAGCAAUGGAGUCCAUGUCUAAUAAACCAGCGUUGGCUUAUAAUGCAUCUAGCUAUACUUCAGGCAAAACUAGUGGAUCCCUCACUUCGACCGCCAUGAGUGUUUCCACAAGCGAUGAUCGUAUCCUAUUGAGUCAUGAGGAAUAUAUGUUUCCAUUGAUCAAGGCUAAGGGCUAUGGAAGCAUUAUCACCAACUUUGGGAAAAUCAAUGUCGAACUCUUUUGUGAUCAGACACCAAGAACAUGUUAUAAUUUUAUUAUGCUAGCCAAGUCGGGAUAUUACAAAAAUGUAAAAUUCCAUCGUAAAAUUAAGAACUUUAUGAUUCAAGGAGGUGAUCCCACAGGAACAGGUCGUGGUGGUGAAUCUUACUGGAAACAAAACUUUAAGGAUGAAAUCAAGCCCAAACUUUCUCACAAUGCACGAGGUAUCCUCAGCAUGGCUAACAAGGGUCCUGGCACUAAUUCUUCGCAAUUCUUUAUCACAUUCAAACCCUGCACACAUCUGGAUGGCAAGCACACAAUUUUCGGAAAAGUGGUCGGAGGUAUGGAUGUAUUGGACAAACUGGAGUUGGUACCGACGGAUGAGGCCACCGAUGUUCCUGUUUCUCCACCUGGAAUUGUGAUGCAGGAUGUGACUAUUUUUGUAGAUCCUUAUCAAACAUUCACAGAACGGUUGGAAAGGAAACGAAAAUAUGAGGAGGAGACCAAAAAUAACCCUGCCAAGAAAGAAAACCCUUUAGAUCACUCCACUUGGUUCGGACCUACAAUUAAGAGAGAUGUUGAAGGUGGUGGCGCUGUCGGUGGUGGUGUUGGUAAAUAUCUAACCGCAGCCGUGGCGAAAAAAAAUACUGAUCAAGAUGAAUCAACUUCAUCAACUAAUGGAACUGCGGAUGAUGAUUUGGACAAUAUUCUAGCAGUGCCCGCCAAGAAAAAGAAAACUGUCUCAGGAGGAUUUGGCGAUUUUAGUUCAUGGUAGAGAAUGGGAUCAAAUAACUAUAAUAUUAUAAUAAUAGUCGUCGUCACUC